GAAGCAAAAAACCAAAAACGAAAGUCGUGGCCGUUGUAAUUGUAAUCACUGAACAACUGACAGUGUUGCAAUCGGGUUUGCAUGCAAAGAGCUGAAGCAGCAGCGCAGCAAUGCAAGGAAGAUCAUCGGGCAUCGGAUACGGUCUCAAAUACCAGGCUAGAUGUAUAUCAGAUGUUAAAGCUGACACAGACCACACUAGCUUCAUCACCGGCACUCUUAGUCUCCGAGAAGAAAAUGAGGUGCAUUUGAUUCGGCUCUCUUCGGAUGGAACUGAAUUGGUAUGCGAGGGCUUGUUUUCGCACCCCAAUGAGAUCUGGGACAUUUCGUCCUGUCCAUUCGACCAGCGUAUUUUCUCUACUGUUUAUUCCACUGGUGAAUCAUAUGGAGCGUCGAUAUGGCAGAUCCCUGAGUUAUAUGGUGAGUUAAAUUCUCCUCAGUUGGAAAGAAUCACCACCCUUGACGGAGGUGUUGGCAAAAUCAAAUCCAUUAUUUGGUGGCCAUCUGGAAGGCAUGAUAAGCUGAUCAGCAUUGAUGAACAAAAUAUUUCCUUGUGGAGCUUAGAUCUUUCCAAAAAAGCUGCUCAGGUACAAUCGAAGGAGUCAGCUGGUCUUGUUGCUCAAUCUGGUGGAGCAUGGGAUCCGCAUGACAUGAAUGCUGUUGCAGUAACGUGUGAAUCAUCCAUUCAAUUUUGGGAUUUACGGACAAUGAAGAAGACAAACUCAAUUGAACAUGCUCAUGUCCGCAAUGUUGAUUAUAAUCCCAAGAAGACACAUAUACUUAUGACUGCAGAAGAUGAAUCUGGGAUUCGCAUAUGGGAUCUGAGGAAGCCAAAAGUUCCCAUCCAGGAACUUCCUGGACACACACACUGGACAUGGACUGUCAGAUGCAACCCUGAGUAUGACGGGCUGAUUUUGAGUUCCGGCACAGACUCAACAGUCAACUUGUGGUUGUCAUCUGCACCUAGCAACUAUGAAUCAAUAACUGAAAGCCCUGUAGAGUCACCAAGUAAGCGGAUUGAUCCAUUGCUCCACUCUUACAGUGAUUAUGAAGACAGUAUCUAUGGUCUCACUUGGAGCUCUCGUGAGCCUUGGAUAUUUGCAUCACUGUCCUAUGAUGGAAGGGUGGUUGUGGAAUCAGUCAAACCAUUUCUCUCAAGGAAAUAAGGUCCGACACAAACUGCUUCAUUGCUGUCAUCUCGACAUACUCGGUGCGUGUGAUUCUAAAUAUCUUUGUUAAAACCAUAGGAUUUUUUUUACACAUUUUUGGGUGAUCUAUGCUCUGUGAUAAUACACUUUCUGAUAAACAUCAGCAAAUUUUGGCGUAUGUAUACUAUUGCUAUACUUAUACUGGGGAAUACAAUGCUUUUAAUGAGGCAAAAUGGUAAUGUUAGGCAACUGAGUUGCAUGUAUAUCAGUAAAUAUCAUUGUUUUCCCCUU